GUGUGGCGAAGAGUUCAGCUCAGGACGGCGAGAGGGGACGAGUCAGCGGCCACGAGAAGAGAGUGUCGGAGGAGCAGAACAACGAGAGCCAGAAACAAAAGGUUCUGGAGGAGAGAGAGAAGCUGAAGCAGGAGCGAGAGAUCAGGAUGAAGAAGAAAGAAUAUCUGAUGAAGGAGCUGGAGAGGCUCAGGAAGCAACAAGGUGAGAACACACGGAUGCCGCGAAUCAUGCACGAAACACGCAUGAAACACAUGAAACACACAGGAAACACACAGGAAACACACGACAAAUGCCCGAAACACGCAUGA